UAUUUACUUCCGGUGUGGAGAGGUUCUACCGCCACUUCCUCCUUGUUGUCGUAAUCGUGUGUUUGUUAAAGAAAUACAUUAAGAUGGAUUUGUUUUUAAGGGAUCUAUUUAACCAGCUUCAUUGUAUUCACGUGUCGGAGGGUAGUUCGGUGCGAGAUUUAAUACGGUGCGUCGACCAGAAUCAAGUUAUUCCAGAUUCGGAUUUUUAUAUUAAGCGCAAUGGAAAACUUGCAGCAGAAGAUGAACAGGUCCGGAGAGGACAAGUAUAUUCUCUGGAGCCUCGAAUAUUUGGUGGAAAAGGAGGGUUUGGAUCAAUGCUUAGAGCCUUAGGUGCCCAGAUUGAGAAGACCACCAAUAGGGAAGCUUGUCGUGAUCUCAGUGGUAGGCGUCUCCGGGAUGUUAAUCACGAGAAAGAGAUGGCAGAGUGGCUCAAAAAACAAGCCGAGAGAGAGGCUGAGAAGGAACAAAGAAGACUUGAACGUUUGAAACGCAAAUUGGCAGACCCCAAACAUUACUUCACAGAUUCCAGCUACCAACAACAGUGUCAUGAUUUGUCAGAGAGACUAGAGGACUCUGUGCUAAAGGGCAUGCAAGCAUCCUCUAGUCGUUUAGUAAUGGCAGAAGAAGGACCAAGCAGAAAGAAGCCAAACCUCGACAAAACAGAGAAACCAAGCAAGAAUAAAUGUUCUUGGACAGGACUUGAUGGCCUUGAGGAUUCUGCAGGUUCAGAUGAUAGCCUCGGCAGUGACAAUGAAGAAUUUCCCUCAAAAUGUAGGGCAAGUCUGGGAGAAACAAGCCCAGAAAGUAAUGGAACAGAAAGUGAGUGUUCACUUAAAAAUGAAAGUGAGGCUGAAACAUCAAGCAUGCCAUGUAGCUCCUUGGCAGAGAACUACUUGGAAAGUAAAACAGAAAACAAAGACUCGCCUGAAACAAUAACAGAAGAAACACAGCCUGAUGAAGAACUGCAACAUGUUGUAAAAAGCGAGUCACCGGUUGUGCAGGAGGAGAAAGAUGAGGACCAAGUCAGCCAGGUUCAGAGUAGUCAGAAAAAGGAAGAAGCUUCCGCAUCCCUGCCUGAGAUCAUAAGCAAGGCUGCUUCAGUAUAUCAAAGUGAUAAAAGUGCAGUUGCUACCAGCACAGGGCCUGAAGAUAUUUUGAAAAUGGUGACUGAUGCCCCCCUGGACCUAAUGACAAUAAGCUCCGUCUCAGACCUGGAAUCCUUGGGACUGGAGAGACUCAAGAUGGAGUUAACGACACUUGGACUGAAAUGUGGAGGGUCUCUGCAGGAGAGGGCCGCCAGGCUCUUCUCAGUCAGAGGGCUUAGUAAGGACCAGAUCAACCCAGCUCUUUUUGCCAAGUCUGGAAAGGCGAAAAUGAAGCAAAACAAAUAGCCGGCCACCAUAUUUUACCCAAUAGAUUUAUAUUUUUAAACACAUUACAGGUGCACAAAAAUAAAGGACCGUCUCCUUUAAAGGUUUUUUUUUUUUUUGGUUUGUCGCUGGUUAGACUGAGGGGAAAAGUCGGUGUCUUUGUCACAACUUGGCGAAAUUGGGUAGCACUGUUCGAUUUGAAUUCUGCGUUUUGGAACCCUACCUUUAGAGGAUGUUCAUGUGAAAUUUCUGACUUGCAUUUCUUGUCCGUCUUACCGCAGGAGAAUGCAGCAUUAGCUGUGGUGGUCUCGGUAUUCUAGUUUUGCAAGUGCUGUCAGAGCCUGAAGCAGUUUGAAGGAGGCCUGAAAUUAAAAAGCCCCAGGAAUGAGUAGCUGCACAGUUGUGGUGCUUCUCUGUGUCUGGGGUCCACCAGUGAUGCCCGCAUGUUAUACAUUUUCAUGGCUUAUGAUUUGGGACAAUAACUAAGCGGUGUUUGACUAGGAGACGCAUCGCAUUUUCUAGACAUCCCUUUCUCUGUGAACGACGCACUUGUCAAGUGUUUUUCUUAUCCAAGCCAGAUUACAGAUACAGGGUGGUCCAGAUCUAAUUAUGAAGAUCCAGAUCGGCUGGAUGACUGAUUUAUGCGGGGGCGAUUCCAGUUCGGCGUGAAGACGGUUCUUCAUGUCAUCAGUUCGCACACUUCUCUGGUCCUGGAUUUUGCGGGUGCUUUUGUAUGUAAUAACCUUAAGUUAUAAUGUAAUGAAUAUUGCAUAAUUAUAUCUGGACAUAAUAAUGAAAACAAAAAGCAAGAAAGUAUAAUGAGAAAAACAAACAAUGCAACGUAAUAAUACAGGUCGGUCCUUGCAAUUUGCAGAUCCACCUCGUUGUAGGUUUGUCAUAAAUAAAUGAUGAAAAUUAGUCUGUGAGUUUUGCAACCUACUAAGGAAAACCGCAGACCUCACUGAAUCGGCGCUACUUAAAUGGACUGCAACUUCAAGAAUACACUGGGGGGAGUGAAAUAAGAUGAAGCCUAACUGGUUAACCAAUGAAUUUAUGAUUCCCUUUGUCCUUUUGUUUCAACACUACACUUACACCCAUCAGAUUGGACUUUUCCCUGGAUUAAUGUUUAUGUUCUGUGUCCAUUGUUUGUUUUUAUGUCUGGGGACGUCUGCAAAUCUUCAUUUUCUGUACAUUGCCAUCACGGUAAGACAAAACUUUAUAUAACGGUCAGGAGGCUGUUACUUAGGAUUUUCAUUUCAUCAUCCUAUACAUGUAUGAACCUGGACUGGGUCAUGUUUAUUGUUUUGUGUGAAUUUCUUUUGUAUCUGUAAUAUUAAUAAUUUGUAUAAACAUGCAAUUUGUUACAUUUUGUAUAAAGUUACAGUUCACUAAAGAGCUGUGAGCCUGA